CCGCCGCACAGACUCCGUAGAACGCCAGUGCGCAAAGUGGAUUGUAUUGUAUUGGUGAGUGGGUGAACUGUCGGGAUGUCGCUGUAUGCGUCUCAGAUUAAAGCGUUUAAGAGCGCAGAGCCCAAGACGCUUGGCGCUGUUGAGAUCAUAAUUGGAGUGCUGACUGUCAUCAUGAGCACAAUUGUGUAUAAGCUACACUAUCAUAUCCAGCGUGAAAUUAUCAUCCUUAUCAUCAAUGGUGCUCAGCUCACCAUUACUGGCAUUGUCCUGGUGCAUACCGGGAGGAAACCAUCUAAAUGUCUGGUGCUGACAACUAUUGUUCUGCAGUUACUAACAGCAGCAUUUGAUAUCGUUGGAUUUGGGCUCAUGGCCAGACACAUCCCAUUCAGGGGCGAGUCAUACUACUACAGGGACACAGAGUGGUGUUGUGACCCACUUCACUCUGUUUGGGCUUGCUGUGGCGGAGGAGAGAGAGGGGGACAGAAAGAGUUCUUAGUGAAUGGAAUCUUGGCAACACUGAUCGGUUUCCUGGUGCUAGCGUGUAUCAUUGGUUUAGUUGUGUCUCUCUUUGGAGUUUACUCCCUUUCUGUUAGUGCCAUUAAGGAGCUGACACCCAUCCCUCACUCCACAGCAAACAACAAUUAUGGUAAUGCUGUUCAGAACCAGAAUACAAUCCAUGCUGGAAAAGCCUGAUGCCACUAAUCAAAUGCUUCUACUUUGUAUUAUUUUCUAAAUGUAUUCUUUUUUUAUUUAUUUAUUACAAAUUAUAGUAAUAGUUUAAAAGUGAAAAUUAAAGGAAUGUUUCACCCAAAAAUAAAAAUUCUCUCAUCAUUUACUUACCCUCAUGCCAUCCCAGAUGUGUAUACAUUUCUGUCUUCUGCUGAACACAAGUGAAGUUUUUGAGAAGAAUAUCUCAACUCUGUAGGUCCAUACAAUGCAAGCGAAUGGUGACUAGAAUUUUGAAGCUAAAAAGCACAUAAAGGCAGCAUAAAAGUAUUCCAGAUGACUCUAGAGGUUAAAUGUAUGUUUUCAGAAGUGACAUGAGGGGUGUGGGUGAGAAAUCAAAAUGUAAGUCUACAUUUACUACAAAUGUCCACAUUCACUGUCCCUCAUAAGUGAUCUCGUCUUCUAAGAGUUCUUCUUUUGUUUUUGGCAAUUCACAUUAUUUGUGCACAUCGCCACCUACUGGGCAGGUAGGAGAUUUCAUAGUAAAUAGGACUGAAAUAUUUUUCGGUUUCUCAUGCACACCUAUCAUACAGCUUUUAAAGACAUGGGUUUAAUCACUUGUAUGCUGCCUUUAUGUACUUUUUGGAGCUUUAAAUUUGUGGUGUCCAUUU